AUGUCUACCUACAAUAAUGUGCUAGGCAAUUUUAUCUCGCAUACAGAUGAUUUAAGUGAUCUUGACAAUGACGAUUAUGAAGAUUCAGGUUCAGAACCGGAACCUCAAAUGGGUAUUAAAAAUAAUAUUAAUAAGCCUUCUCGAAUCAAUAGAAUUGAUGAACGGACUCAAGUUGUUCAAUCACUCUCAAAUGAACGACAUGGGUCUUUCUCGUUGGCUGACAGUGAGAUUUCGGUAGCUACUACAACGAGCACUGUUCGUACACGGCGAUCAUCGGCAAAUAAAAUAGUCGACAAUACUCCCAAGCAUUCAAUAUUAGGUGAUUUUGAAUUAGCAAAUGUUAUUGACUGUGAAGAAUAUCUACUCUGCUGUAAAUAUAGUCCUUAUGGCGAUGUAUUUGCUGUUGGAUUAGGUAAUGGUACAAUUAAAAUCUUUUCCAAAGCAGGCAAAUUUCAGCAUUCUCUUUCUGACAAUGAUACAAAAACUCGACGUUAUCCUGUAACAUGUCUGAAAUUCUAUGCAAAUAAAGAUGAUGCCAAAGCUGACCAUCAAAAAAUGUUAGCUGCCACUUACACUGCUGGUUAUGUUAAAAUUUGGCAUUAUACAACACAACAAUGUGUUUUUACAUUUGAAGAAAAAGAUCGACAACCAUUAGCGCUUGAUUUUAAUAGUAAUUUUACACGUUUAUUUGUUGCUGGUAGCGACUGCGCAAUAAAUUGUUAUGAUUUCGGCACAAAAAAGUUACUUCGUAAACUACAAGCAUCCGACAGCCGAGAAGUUAUGGAUGGUCAUAAGAACCGUAUACAUGCUAUUCGCUCGCAUCCAACAAUGGAAACUGUUUUUCUGACAGGUGGUUGGGAUCAAACUAUACACUAUUGGGACGAACGUACAGAGCGUUCGCAAAAACAUUUUUCUGGUCCUCAUUUAUGUGGCGAUGCUUUAGAUAUUGUAGCUGAAGAUAAAGUUAUUAUAACAGGUUCUUGGAGAAGUUAUUCAGCAUUACAAAUUUGGGAUUUUUCUACAGGUGCACUUCUUAAAGAUCCCUUUCAAGAUAAAGCUACAUCUAUGCUCUAUUGUACAAAAUAUUCUCCAGGAGAUUUCAUUUUGUGUGCAGGAACUGACAAAAACGAAGCUGUUAUCUAUGGUUAUUCACGAUUUCAAGUGAUUGGUGGUAUAACUAAUCUAGAAAGCGCUGUGUAUUGUGCUGACAUAGAUUUCAAUCGACCAAAUAUGAUUAUUGGCUCGGCAAAAAAUCUAUAUGUUGUUAAUGAUAAAUCUCGUAUAAGAUAA